GAGGCUUUUCCCCGAAGAGGCUGCUCUUGGCCAACACUGCUGGCUCGUAGCUGAUAUGCGCUGGAAGCAAGAGAUCUCUGGGCAGCAGAGUAGCGUGCAGGCUCAAGCUGGGCUGGGCUGGCCUGAUUCCAGGUCUGUGCAACACGCUUCUUCCCCAGGAAGCACAAACGACCCCUCGCCAGCCUCUUGACGCGGCCCCGGUGCUGACCCGUGGAGCAGGUCAGCCUCUGCUUGCUCACUUUCUUCCCCUGCGGUAACGCUCUGCAAGUGUUCCUGUGCUUCCAGAAGGGCAGGAGAAGGCAGAGAUGUCUGAGCUACCCCAGGAAGGAGCUCCCUCUGGGAAGACAGCAGUACAGGGACAGGCACAGCCGAUGCUGCCGCUGUGCCGGAAGGUGUGUUACGCCAUCGGGGGCAGCCCCUACCAGAUGACGGGCAGCGCCCUGGGCUUCUUCCUCCAGAUUUUCCUCCUGGAUGUUGCACAGCUGAAGCCAUUUCACGCCUCGCUGAUCCUUUUCCUCGGACAAGCCUGGGAUGCAGUGACGGACCCCGCCAUCGGCUUCCUGGUCAGUAGGAGCCCCAGGAGGAAGUUUGGCAAGCUGAUCCCAUGGAUCGCCUUCUCCACGCCCUUUGGAGUCACCUUCUACUGCAUGCUGUGGUUUGUGCCCUUUGACACCAUCUCUGUCUGGCAGAAGUGCCUCUGGUACCUGGUCAUGUACUGCUGCUUCCAGGCUUGCAAGAGUUGCUAUCACGUGCCCUACUCCUCGCUCACCAUGUUCCUGGGAGGCAGUCAGAGAGACCGGGACUCGGCCACUGCCUACCGAAUGGGGGUGGAGGUGUUCAGCACGCUGGUCGGCUCGGGCAUCCAGGGGCAGAUCGUGGGCAGCUACCAUGCCAGCAUGACCCAGAUCUGUACGGCGUUGAACCGGACUCUGCAGAACCGCACCUCUGCGGGCCUCACCGACACGCUGGAAAACACGCGCAGGGCAUAUACAAUUGCCUCCGUGGCGCUGAGCUCGCUCUAUGUCCUGUCCUGCCUGGUCCUCGUGUUUGGAGUGAAGGAGCAGCCUGGGCCCCUGAGUCCCCUGGAGAAAUCAAAGCUGCCCUUCUUCAGGAGCCUGAGGGUCAUCCUGGCACACCGGUCCUACACCCACCUGCUCUGUGCCUUCCUCUUGGCCUCCCUGGCCUUCCAGGUUACCCAGGGGAUCUUCGCCUUCUACUGCACGCAUGCCGGCGGGAUGGCCGGGAGGUUCCAGCACUUGGUGCUCAUCAUGCUGGUCACAGCUUCCCUCUCCAUCCCCGUGUGGCAGUGCGUGCUGGUGCGGUUUGGGAAGAAGACGACAGUGCUCGUGGGGCUGUCGAUUGUCAUUCCUGCCCUCAUCGUUAUCACCCAAGUGACGCACAACUUCCCCGUCUUUGUCGUUAUGGUGAUCAUGGCGGGAUGCAGCCUGGCUGUCCUCUACCUGUUACCCUGGUCCAUGCUGCCGGAUGCAGUGGAUGAUUUCAGGCUGAAGAACCCCAACUGCUUGAACCUGGAAGCUUUUUUCUACUCCUUCUAUGUUUUCUUCAACAAGUUUGCUGGUGGCCUUGCGCUGGGGAUCUCCACCAUGAGCUUACAUUUUGCAGGUUACAAGGCUGGUGACUGCACGCACAACCCGUCUGUCAUCCUCACCUUGAAAAUCCUCAUGGCUCCGGUCCCCAUCAUCUUGCUGCUGGCUUCCAUGGUCACCUUCUACUUCUACCCCAUCAACGAGGAAAGGAGGCGGCAGAUGAAGGUGGAGAUGGAGGCAUUCGAGCAAGGCCGGGGGGAGAAUGCAAACUCCGGGUAAAACAAACACGGACCUUGCAGAGUUUCCUUGGAAAGCUCUCUCUCUCUCGCCGCGCGCUGCCAGGAUGCACCAGUCUGAUCUGAUGGCUUUGCUUCCUGUUGUUCCCGAUUUCUGCAUCGCAAAGCAUUGCUCUCUGCUCGCUGCCUUUCUCAACUCCCCAGGGCUGCUGCGGGGAGCAUCCCUGGCCUUGAAGAACGGGGUUUGGCAUGUUGAUCUUGAGCCAGCUCCUGCCUUCUCUUUGUGCAAGGAAAGAUCCCGGCGCUCAUUCGCCACAGCUGAUUGGGAAGGAUGGCGAGGAAGAUUGGACCCAGGCUCUGCCAAGAGCACUCUCAGAAAACACACCGAGGAGGGGAGCUGGGCAGCAGAGGUUCAGGCAUAUUUUGGGGAGGAAAGUGUCAGCAAUCUGUCAUCUGGGUGGUGACAAUCAGGACCCCGAGCCCCAGGACUAGGGGGAAUGCUGCUGUUUCAGGAAGAGCGCUGUAUCCAUGUGGAGACGUGGAGCUGCCUCUGACCCCAUCCGGUGAUCAGCUAAAGCCUCCUUCACUGCUUACUAUGUAUAUAGACAGGAUAUUCUGGUCACCACCUGGUCUGGAGCAGCUCCCCUGCUUUCCCAGAAGGCCUGCCCCGAACUUCCCCCAUAUCUAAAGACUUAGAAUUUGUCAGUGUAUUUUCAGGUGUACAAGAUGUGUCGGUGUGCAAGGGGCACCCUUCAAAAAAGGGUAAAAUGGUGCCUCUCUGACACCCCCUGUAUUGUCAGUGGUGGUGAGGCAGGGGCUGUUAUACAUGCCCCAUAUCCUGAUUUUUUGCGCCCCCCCAAACCUGACUUCUCUCACCAGUGUUCCCAGGCUCCUCUCCAAUGUACUGGGAGGUAGGGUGGGAGCUUCAGAAGCUGCCCUUCCCUGCAGCUUUGGUGCAUCAGAAACACCCAGCUUUAGGAGCUUCUCUUUGGGGGAGAAAAACUGCAUCUUAUACAUGGGAAAAGCCUGUUUUCUACUAAGGUGAGGCUUAGCCAUGUAGAAGAGAUGCAUGUAUCCAAAAUAAGAAAUCUGCAUAGGUGUCUAGAUGCCGUACUAUCCAAUGCUGACAGCAGUUCCCUGCCUUGGUUUUGCUGGGUGCGUGAAUUAUUGGCUAGAGAUGAAUUUUGCCUCGGAAGAGGCUGCAGCAAUGGACUGACUUGCCUGUGAUCAUGCUCUCUUAGGAGCUUAUUACAAGGUUUGCCCUGUCUGCCAUCUCUGAAAGGGAUGGGGGGUUUUGGGGGGGGGGACACGUCAAAUGCAUUCUGUGGAGAGGGCUGAAUGAAUGCUAAAGACAGUCCCUAGGUCAAAGCUGCACAAGUGGGACCUUUAAAGCUCACCAGAGAUCUCCCACUGUGACAACAAGAUGAGGAGCAUAAAGCCGCAGAGCAGGAUGUGACCACAGCAUAACAGCUAAACUAGGAGGCAGGAAAACUGAAGUGCAUGUGGCAUUGCACGGGAGGGGAAGCAGGUUUGGCCCGGGCUAUUUCUGACCUCAGUUUAGCUUUGCAGCCCCCCGUCUACACACACACUGGCCAUAUUUUUGCAGAUAGUGCUCCUACUGCAUUUGGAAAUCUGGCUCUUAAAGUGGCGUCGUGAGGCUUAAGCGUUAGCAGCCUUUUAUAUGAGCCCUCUUGGAGCUGGUUGCAGGUAGACAAACUCGCUAUCUGCUGCACCCCGGACAGAUUUGGACUAGCUUAUGCACAAGGAAAAGAUGCUUCUUUCCUAUUUUUUUUUGUCAGCUGUGAAGAAAAAUAAGUGCCUUGCGAGGCCCUGCCUUGCCCUGAGGGGGUCAGGUACAGGGACCCCUUUGCUUAGGACAUGUUUCUUUGCUUGUGCACAGCAUUUUCUGCACGCUUUUCAGGGAAGGAAGUGCCAAGAAAAGCAGAAUGAUUGUUGCUUCCCUUCUGGCUCCAUGUAAGCAGCGGCUGUGUCCGAACGCACGCGCAAUCACUGUCUCUCGCUAGCUGGGCUGGAUGUCACUAAUAUGGCACGGCACCGAGCUUCCCGCAGAGGGGUGUGAUUGGAGAUGGGCACUUUCCUAGGUUUGAUACGUCCCCACUGUAUUUGCUGUUGAGAAUCCUGCCGUGUGCUAUUAUGAGCUAUUAAAGCAGCAUGCGUGCUGAUGAUGUUUUCCUCCUGGAGUUUCUUGUUAUGCAAGCCGGGGCAGGUGCUCCAUUCCCAGCGCUCUUUGCAGGUGAGCUGUUUUGGCAGGAUGCUGCUGCGGGCAACUGUCCCAGUAGCAUCCGUUUGCUUUGCAGGCUGGAGACCUUCCCCACAGACUGACACUGCAAUCUGGGCAGAAACCUGUCCUGUCCCCUUGCUCCGGUGCUUCCCAGCCUGACCGCUCAGCCUUCCAGAUCCUUGCUCGCCCUUGCUGUGCUCCUUUCUCUAAAAAAGGUGGGACCGAAGAGAUCUGGCGGUCGUGGGGCUGGCACUUGCAGGUAUGCAGACCCACAGUAACGAGAGAGCACCCACUCCCAACGGGAUUUGAUCGGCGUGACUUCUAAGCCUUCCUGCUCCAACAUAACGGAUUUGGUUUCUGCAGUCUUACCUUAUGGCGCACAUGUGGCUUUGAGUAUAUGCAGGCAGGGUUUCCACUAUAGGACUAAUAUCCCCCCCCCCCCCUUUUUUUUUGUCUGAGCUUUAUGUCUAGUAACAAAUAUAGGCUUGUGGUGGAACAGAUGUACCCCCCUAUAUUUCGGUAGG